AUGAUGCACUUCUUACGUAUAUCAUAUCUUUGCACACUAUUGAGUAUAUUUGUAAUUCAUCAAAUAUACGCUACUAAUGUUACGUUUAAUCCACAACCAAUUCAUAUUACAGUUGCUGAUCUUCCGCAACCAUAUGCUACGUCAUCUGUUGCGAAGGGUGCUCGCGUAAUUCCUGUACCAGUAGAUCCUCAACUCUACGUUCCUAAUGGAUUUGUUGUGAAACUAUAUAUGAGUGGAUUAACCAAUCCACGUUAUCUCAUCUACACACCUACAAACGACAUACUCGUUAGCGAGCCAAGCGCUAACCGUAUAUCGUGUCUGAUCGACAAUAACAAUGACGGUUAUCCGGAUGAACGUUUAACAUUCGCAAAUGUAUCGAAUGGAUUGAAUUCACCAUUUGGUAUGGCUUUUGUGAAUGGCUACUUUUAUGUCGGCAACCGAGAUGCUACUCGACGUUAUGUAUGGACGAAUGGUAGUCGAUCUAUAUCAGGUACAGGAGAAGUAGUUGUGACCUAUCCUCAAAAUGGACAUUCAACUAGAACUGUUGUCGUAUCGCCAACCAAUGAUCAAUUAUUGGUUAGCAUUGGUUCAGCAUCAAAUGUCGAUGUUGAAGCACUACCACGAGCCUCUAUUCAACAAGCUCAUCUAAACGGCAGCAAUCAAACCACCUAUGCUCAUGGUCUUCGAAAUCCUGUUGGCUUAGCUUUUCAUCCUGUUACGAACGAUCUCUAUGUCACAUGUCAAGAACGAGAUGAGCUUGGAGACGAUCUCGUACCCGAUUACUUUACACGCGUUCAACCGAAUGACUUUUAUGGCUGGCCUUUUUCUUAUCUAAGUCCCAAUCUUACUGAUCCACGGCGACGUCUUGCGAAUGGAACAAGUGAACGACCAGAUCUAGUAGUACUGACAAAAACACCCGAUAUUCUCUUUCAAGCACAUUCAGCCGUUCUCGAUAUGCGUUUCUAUACAGGCUCCCAAUUUCCCGCACGAUAUCGUAAUGGUGCUUUCGCAGCACUUCAUGGAUCAUGGAAUCGAAAUAGUGGAACUGGGUAUAAACUUGUUUUUAUUCCGUUUCACAAUGAAACUCAUCGACCAUUAGGCUACUAUGAAGAUUUUGUACGUGGAUUUCUAACGAAUCCAUCAGGACCGGAUACAUUUGGACGCCCCGUUGGACUACUUGUUCUCCAUGACGGCAGUCUUCUCUUUACUGAAGAUGGNGUUUUGCAUUCAGACGCAGUUAUCUUGAGAUACGCGUUUGAACGCGAUAAAAUUGAUUUUAAACCGCGUCUACGUGCGAUUUGCGAAGUAAAUUGCGUCGGAACGCGUUUAUCCUGCGUCUGGCGUUUACAUGGGAAUUGUCAAACGUUUCUUUCAAUGCUUUGA